AUGGCCAUGCUGGCUCCCAAAUCGUCGUUCCCCGCGGGCUUGGGCUCGAACAGCUCCAACAUGGUCGCCAGCGUACGCCUGUUCCUUGGCAUUAAGAAGCUCAGGACCAAGGCCUAUGCAAACCAAAAGAAGAGGAAUAGGGACUCCUUCGGUCUCCUCGACUCCCAAUACAUGGCCUCUGCCAACUCGCCUCGGCCCUCUGGCCCUUCGACGUCGUCCUCCGCUGGCCGUGGCAUGCCGACUCCUCCGAUGAACAAGCGCUACUCGCGCCAGAUCGACAUGCCCCUACCUCUCGAUACCUCAAAACCCUCCUCGCGCCCCAGCUCUCCUCUGCCAGGCUCCGAUGCGCGCCAGGCUCGCCAGCGCUUCGGCCAGAGCCCCGGCUACAUGAGCAACGCCGGCCCCAAUGCUUCUUCAAGAUCGCCGCACGAGCUGCCCCAGGCUAAUCGAUUGAAUCAGGAAGUUAUUCGUGUCAUCUCAACCGGAGGCGUGACCAAGGUUGUCAAGAUUGCCGACUGCAAUACGUGUGAAGAAGUCAUGCGUGUCACACUACGCAAGUUUGCUCUGCGCGAGGACCACGAGAGGAAUUAUUGCUUCUGGGUCCUUGCUGGCGUCGACCCCGACCCGAGCCAGUGCCGUCGCCUCGGCGAUACCGAACUGUGGCGCAUCAUCAAGGACCAGAAGCGUCCCGAACGGAACCGCCUCAUCCUACGCCGUGUGCCCGCUGGCGAGCCUGGCAUGUCCGAGCUGGAGCGGGCCGCCGGCAUCGCCGUCGAGGAGGCACAGCAGAACCAUGUCCGUGCCCUCGAGUCGGUCGAUAAGAGGAGUCAGCUCAAGGUACAGAAGCUUCUAGGCGAACGCUGGAACGAUGAACUCCAGCAUCCUCUCUCGCCCGUCUCCUUCCAGGACCGCGAGCGCAAUGUUCACAAUGCCGCCAAGGAUCUCGAGCGCCCCGCAUCGAACGACUCAUCGCGGCCACAUGGAAGGAAGGCUGUGCUUCGCCAGUUUGGUGGCCUGAGACCCCCGAGCGAGCUCAUUACUUCCGAUCUCACGUCCUACUUCCCUGAUCAUGCCAGGGAGGACAUUGACAGGACGGCUCGUCUUUCUAUGAGACGGUCAACUCGCAUGAGCAAAGUCAACAGCCGUUUGAGUGUUGCGAGCAAUCUGAGCUUUGCCUCGAGUAUUGCCGAUGCUCCGCCCAUUCCCACAAUUGCCGACACAUGGUUGACCGCCUCUGCUCAGGCAGCGAAACCCCUGAACCAGGCGGCCCGCCAAGCGGCCCGCAACACCCACGCAUAUCGUGACUCGGUCACAUCGUCGGUGCUUGACACCCUUCAGGAGGAGUCACCCAUCGAGCCCAACCGCAAGUCUUACGUUUCAUUCGCCGACAGCAAUUCGGAUACUGCUGCGGUGAGCGUCACUGAUCCCGAUGGCAAUAUCACGAGGAAGAGCUUCUUCGAUGGCGAGUCCACAAUCUCGACGGGCUCGGGGUCCGUGGAGCAGCUCACCCAGGCACUGAACGAGGAUGGCGAGGACGAAGACGAGGAGCUCCAGAGCUUCCUUGCUGGCGAGUCGUGGUCCGACGACAAGUGGAUGAAGGGUGCUCUCAUCGGCCAGGGUUCUUUUGGCUCUGUCUACCUUGCUCUACACGCCGUCACCGGUGAGCUUCUUGCCGUGAAGCAGGUUGAGGCACCCGCUCCCGGCGCCAACAGCCAAAGCGAUGGCCGCAAGAAGAGCAUGAUCGAGGCUCUCAAGCGCGAGAUCAGUCUGCUCCGUGACCUCCGACACCCCAACAUUGUGCAAUACCUAGGCUGCAGCUCGUCGUCUGAGUUCCUCAACAUUUUCCUCGAGUACGUUCCGGGUGGCUCAGUGCAGACCAUGCUUAACUCGUAUGGUGCUCUGCCCGAGCCCCUAGUGCGCAGCUUUGUCCGACAAAUUCUCACUGGUCUCUCGUACCUGCACAACCGCGACAUUAUACACCGAGACAUCAAGGGUGCCAACAUUUUGGUCGACAACAAGGGAACCAUCAAGAUUUCUGAUUUCGGUAUCUCCAAGAAGCUCGAGGCAUCCAACAUUCUCAGCGGCGCGAACAACAACAAGCAUCGUCCCUCGCUCCAGGGUUCUGUCUUCUGGAUGGCGCCCGAGGUCGUCAAGCAGACGUCUUAUACUCGCAAGGCGGAUAUUUGGUCUCUCGGCUGCCUUGUCGUCGAGAUGAUGACGGGCUCCCACCCCUUCCCCGACUGUACCCAGAUGCAGGCUAUCUUCAAGAUUGGCGGUGCCAUGGCUGCGCCUACCAUUCCCGAGCACGCCAGCCCCGAGGCCCAGAAGUUCCUCGCCCAGACCUUUGAGAUUGACUACAACCUUCGCCCAAGUGCCGACGAGCUCAUGCUCAGCCCCUUCCUGGCGCCCAUUACCUAA